AAAAACUCAUUUACAUGAGGCAUUGGAAUUUGCAAAACAUUUUCAUGUCUUAUGACGUGUAUCCUCAAGAUGACUACAUAAAGAUCAUGUUGAUUCCCAUUUUGCAGCUGAUUACAAUUUAGGGAGCUUCAUUAACCUGUUCAAAACUGCAGCACUAUUAGACGGAAGAGCCAGGGUCUAAAGGUUUCUGAUAACCAGCCCUGUCCUUGUUUCACAACAAAACUUCAUGCAAAACAUAAACUGUAAAGCAAAGAAAUAAGCAGAAAUGAGCUUUGAAGUUUUACCAAACAAAAUACAUUUUAAACAAAGAAACUGGCGUCCAUGUUUGUUUAUUUUAGUAGUAAUUGACAGAGAUCCUACCUGGGAUAGGAUUUAGUCUCCCCAUACUUCUGAACCAAUGGAGAGAAAAUGGGAAGCAAAACUGAAGCAAAUUGAAGAACGAGCAUCCCAUUAUGAGAGGGAACCAUUGCCCUUGGUGUACAGACCAAGAUUGUCUAAGCCAGAAGAACCACCAUCCAUUUGGAAACUAUUUCAUCGGCAAACUGAAGCUUUUAAUUUUGUUAAAAGUUGCAAACAGGACGUUCGUGUAUUUGCUUUGGAAUACAAAGUGGGCAAUGGACAACGUAUUUACCUUGUAACAACGUAUGCUCAACUUUGGUUUUACUAUGAAUCCCGAAGAAAUCUCUUACACUGCUAUGAAGUCAUUCCUGAAAAUGCUGUGUGCAAGCUUUAUUUUGAUUUGGAAUUUAACAGACUUGCCAAUCCAGGAGCUGAUGGGAAAAAGAUGGUUGCAUUACUCAUUGAGCAUGUUUGUAAAGCACUUCAACAGUUUUACAGGGUUAGUUGUUCAGCUGAAGAUGUUCUCAACUUGGAUUCUAGCACCAAUGAAAAAUUUAGCCGCCAUUUAAUAUUUCAACUCCAUGAUGUGGCAUUUAAAGAUAAUAUUCAUGUUGGUAAUUUUGUGAGAAAAAUUUUAGAGCCUGCUUUUCACUUAAUUGCUAGUGAAGAUGACGAUAUGACUCCAGAGACAAUGGGCCAUGAAUUUUCCCAUUUUUCUGAAACACCAAUUAAGCAAGGAAUUUCCUUUAGCAAAAAGUCCACAGAUAAGGAUAUAGGAGAGAGCUGGACAACGAAUUCAAAGAAACUGGACAGGCUGGGGUCAGCUAAGCAAAGCAGUCCUGAUCUUUCAUUUUUAAUUGUGAAGAAUAACAUGGGAGAAAAGCAUCUUUUUGUAGAUCUAGGAGUUUAUACAAGAAAUAGAAACUUUCGACUGUAUAAAUCAUCAAAAAUAGGAAAGUAUGUGCCUUUGGAGGUUGCUGAAGAUAACAAAUUUUAUCCUAUACAAUUGAAGAAUAUUUCCAAAGAAAAUCAAUAUUUCCUCUCUGCUUUGGUCAGCAAUGUCAGAUUCUCAGAUACUUUACGAAUUCUGACAUGUGACAUAUCUCAAAAUAAAGAAAAACGAGUUGAGUAUUUUAACCAUAACAGUACUUCAGUAGAAGCCAUUGAAGGUUUUCAGUGUUCACCGUACCCUGAAAUUGAUCAAUUUGUUCUCUUGUUGGUGAAUAAAAAUGGCAUUAAAGGAGGAAUUCGGCGUUGGAGCUACUUUUUCCCAGAAGAAUUAUUGGUUUAUGAUAUUUGUAAAUACCGCUGGUGUGAAAACAUUGGAAGAGCCCACAAGAGUAAUAAUAUCAUGAUCUUGGUUGACCUGAAAAAUGAAGUUUGGUAUCAAAAAUGUCAUGACCCUAUAUGUAAAGCACAAAACUUCAAAUCUGACUGUUUCCUAUUACCUGCUGAAGUACGUCUUCUGUUUCUUCUCAAAGAGGAUGAGGAGUUUACAGCAGAUAAAACAAGGAACCCUCAUGAACCAUCAUCUAGUGCAUCGUCAAAAGGUACACUUUCUGAUGCUGACUGGGAUAAUGGCAUUGAUGAUGCUUAUAUUUUGGAGGCUACAGAAGAUGCUGAAUUGGCAGAAGCUGCAGAGGACAGUCUUCUCAGUUACAAUGGAAUUGGUGAAAUUCCUGAUGAACUAAUUAUAGAAGUAUUACAAGAGUACUAGGCUGUAAUUUGCUUGAAAACAU